AUGACUGUUAAGCUCAGGGUCUCGGUGGAUACCUACCCUCUCUUGCGAGAAACAUUGUCGACUGUGGAGCACUCUGUAGACUAUUCUCUCGCCGUGGGCUUGAAGCUCAGCAAGUUUGCAGCCAUAUCUACACGCGGCGUCAAAGAGCAGCUGGUGCUACAUCCGCCCGCCGAUGAAUUGGGGCGAGCCGGACAGGGCGCCACAUUGCAGCUCAGCCAAUUGACGAUGGCGAUUGGCUGCUGCGUUUCUGAUCCAAAGGGAGGCAUUGGUAAUCCCGGUUCUGCCAACCCAAUUGAGACCGGGCUGGCAGCUGGUCAGGCUCUCGCAGCAGAGCUCAAUUCGAUAUCAGGGCCGACUCCACAAGCAUACAUUCGCACUGCUGUCUCCUUAUGCGCGUCGAUGGAGAUUUCUCGCCAUGGGAGACGAAGUGCUCAGGGUCUUAGCGUUGCAUGA